UUCACGCGAUACUCAUGUUUUCAGUUCGCUUGUCCAUAAAUAGAAAGGUAGAUGCAACAAAAACCAGCAUCUUCAUAGUCGGUCCAUUCUUCUCUUUCCUCCCCUUUACCCAUGUAUGGUUCUUUCUUAUGUUGAUAAAGCUCCGUUCUCAAUAUUUUUAUAAAUCAGUCAUCUAUCAGAUCUGCUUGCAUCGAAUUAUAUACCAUCUCUUGGAAGAAAUGGGUAAGGUAAUUGUUGAGAAAGCACCAGGCACUUGUGAGACUAAGGUUGGUGGAGAAGCUGAAGUACUGGGUAUCUUUGAGCUCAAAGGGAGGAGUAAAUCAAAGGGUCCAGAUGUCAAAAUUGCUGGGUGUCGUGUGGUCGAUGGCCGCUUCACUAAGUCUUCAACAUUGAGGUUGCUGAGGAGUGGAGAAGUUAUUUUUGAAGGUUCUUGUGCUUCACUAAAACGGGGAAAGCAGGAUGUGGAUGCUGUCGGUAAAGGCACCGAGUGUGGAUUAGUCAUUCAGGAUUGUGAUGACUUUCAGGUGGGAGAUGUCAUCCAAUGCCUAGAACAUGUUAUUAGAAAGCCCAAGUUUAUUUCAUCUGAGAGUGGCGCAGUCCAUAUCGAGUGCUGAUAAUUUGCAUUGAAAGGAAUAGCUAAAACUUCGCUGCCUCCUUUUGCUACAUUAGUUGCUCCUUGUGAAUUAAAAUUAUUGACCAGACAGAGAUACUAUGCUUAACAUGGCAUGUUUCUGGUAGCAGUAAGAUUUGCCAGCCAAAACAUACAGGGUUGCAAAUUUUCUGGCAGUUGAUUCUUAGCUGCAAAUUUUCUGGGAGUUGCAUACUUACCUUCAAGAGUGAGAGAAUUACCACUGUAAUUUAUUGUUCUAACUUUAUUUCUUCUUUACACUGCAAAUCUUGGUUAACCUUAUGUAGCCUCUCUAUUAUAUAUAAGCAGCUGCAGAAUUGGAAAGUAGUGGGUCCCACCAUCUCAUUGUGAGAGGUUGGGGUAGUGUCUGUACAGGCAGGGUGAAAUUUACCCUC